AUGGGCGCUCCUCUGUCCUCCUGGCCGUGGGCGGGCCUAGGCGCAUACAAGUACGUGCUGUACGGGCCGCUGGUGGCGCAGGUGGCGCAGGCGUGGCGGGAGCAGGGCGGCGCGCCGACGGACUCGUGGUGCCUCCACCUGCUCCUGCUGCUGGCGCUCCGGUCGCUGACGCACCAGCUCUGGUUCUCCUACGCCAACAUGCUCUUCUUCACCCGCCGCCGCCGCGUCGUCCCGGACGGCGUCGACUUCCGGCAGAUCGACGCCGAGUGGGACUGGGAUAACAUGGUGAUCAUGCAGACGCUGCUGGGGGCCAUGGCGAUCAGCAGCCCGGUGUUCCCGGCGGUGAGCGAGCUCCGGGCCUGGGACCCGCGGGGGUGGGCGGUGGCGCUGCUGCUGCACGUCGCCGUCUCGGAGCCCGGGUUCCGGUGGGCCCACCGGGCGCUCCACCGGGCCCCGCUCUUCAGCCGGUACCACUCCAAGCACCACUCGUCGCCGGUCACCCAGCCCCUCACCUCCGCGUACGGCACGCCGCUGGAGAGCCUGGUCCUGACGCUGGCCAUGGCGGCGCCGCUCGCCGGCGCGUUCAUGGCCGGCGCCGGGUCCGUGAGCCUCGUCUACGGCCACGUCUUGGCCUUCGACUACCUCCGCUGCAUGGGGUACAGCAACGUGGAGGUCAUCUCCCACAGGGCCUUCCGGGCCUUCCCCCUCCUCCGCUACCUCAUCUACACCCCAACGUACCUGAGCCUGCACCACCAGGAGAAGGACUCCAACUUCUGCCUCUUCAUGCCGCUCUUCGACCUCCUCGGCGGCACCGUGCACCCCAGGUCCUGGGAGCUCCAGAAGGAGGUCGACCAAGGGAAGAACGACCGGGUGCCGGACUUCGUGUUCCUGGCGCACGUGGUGGACGUGGUGUCCUCCAUGCACGUGCCGUUCGCGUUCCGGGCGUGCAGCUCGCAGCCGUGGACGACGCGGCUCGUGCUGCUCCCGCUCUGGCCCGUCGCCUUCUGCCUCAUGGUGCUCCAGGUGCUCUGCUCCAAGACCUUCACCGUCAGCUUCUACUGCCUCCGCGGCGCGCUCCACCAGACCUGGACCAUCCCGCGCUACAGCUUCCAGUACUUCAUCCCGCCCAUGAAGGACGGCAUCAACCGCCAGAUCGAGCUCGCCAUCCUCAGGGCGGACCGGAUGGGCGUCAAGGUGCUCAGCCUCGCCGCGCUCAACAAGAACGAGGCGCUCAACGGCGGCGGCACGCUCUUCGUCGACCGCCACCCAGACCUCAGGGUCCGGGUCGUGCACGGCAACACGCUCACCGCCGCCGUGAUACUCCACGAGAUCCCGGGGAGUGUCAAGGAGGUGUUCCUCACCGGCGCCACCUCCAAGCUCGGCCGGGCCAUCGCGCUCUACCUCUGCCGGAAGAAGAUCAGAGUCCUGGUAUGCUUCCCUAGAAUUCUUCAGAUUGAUGUCUCUCAUUCCAAAACAAAUUUGCAGUGGAUUCAUUCAGAAAAUUGUGGCGUUGUUGCAGAUGCUGACGCUGUCGUCGGAGCGGUUCCUGAAGAUCCAGAGGGAGGCGCCGGCGGAGUUCCAGCAGUACCUGGUGCAGGUCACCAAGUACCACGCCGCCAAGACCGUCAAGACGUGGCUGGUGGGCAAGUGGCUGUCGCCGAGGGAGCAGCGGUGGGCGCCGGCGGGCACGCACUUCCACCAGUUCGUGGUGCCGCCGGUGAUCGAGUUCCGCCGGGACUGCACCUACGGCAAGCUGGCGGCCAUGCGGCUGCCCAAGGACGUGCAGGGGCUCGGGUCGUGCGAGUACACGAUGGAGCGCGGGGUGGUGCACGCGUGCCACGCCGGCGGGGUGGUGCACUGCCUGGAGGGGUGGGAGCACCACGAGGUGGGCGCCAUCGACGUCGACCGGAUCGACGUCGUCUGGAAGGCGGCGCUCAGGCACGGCCUCUCGCCGCCGUGAUGCCCGCGCGGCCGGCGACGAGCCUCUGUAUGUACGUGCAAGGUGGCCGGAAUAACGCGCCGGCUGUUGGAGCGAUAUGCGUGUGUUGA